AUGACGGCGCCUUUCUCAUCUUUGAGUGCUGUCACGUGCAGCGACAUCAUCCUUGAUGACCGAUACAUAUGUAAUAUGUGCACUAAGCCAAUGAUUCCUGCGGUGCGGAACAGACAUUGCAACCACUGCAUCUGCUUCCGUUGCUCAUUUUUGUGCGAGCCCAGGUGCCCGUUAUGUCGCACCGAUGCUCAGUGGGUCACAGAUAGCAACUUCAGCUGCACAAUCCGAAACGAAAUACGCGACGCUCUCAUCGCUGAAUCGCUCAAUCGCUUGUGUGCUCUUCGAGGUGGCACAAGCGACUCGGUAGUUUGUGAUGCCAUUGUGAGUCAUCUCGAUGGAACACGCUUAACAGUUGAUUUAAAGAACGUCGUUGAGGACCUACAGUUCAUUCAGCGCUAUGAAGCCGCCACGUGUUCCACCAACGACAGGAAAGAUGCCGAUGCAAAUUUUGUCUUCUUCUGUCAUUCGCAACUUCAGCUGAAUACACUGGAGAGUAGAAAGCAUACACGCAUUUUUUUUUGUACUGUACCCUCUUUGACGGACGCGUCAAAGAUCGGUGCUCUUCGCGAACUAUGCGUGAUACACCUGCAGGGCUGUUCUCAGCUCAGAUCCCUCCCACCACUCAGCGAUAUUCGCGAGCUGCGCGCUUUGGCGGUGCACCGCUGCGGAAUUCGAGGCAUCCCUAGCUUGGGCGACUGUCCUCUGCUCGAAACUGUGGUGUUUUGUGAGUGCGACGAGCUCGUUGAUGUGGCUGGUUUGGCGUAUCUGGGAAUUGCCACUUCUCUUUCUUUGGCCAAUUGCCGUAAAGUGGUGGAUAUAUCGCCACUCUCUUCGGCCACUCAGUUGCAGAACGUGUCCUUGAACGGCACAGAUAUCAUCAGUAUUGCUGCAUUAAGAGGCUGCGCAGACACCUUACAUAUUGUCAACGCCCAGGGGUGCACGCAGCUUGCCAGCAUCGAGCCGCUUUCAGCAAUGACGAAACUGAGGGAGGUCCGUUUGGGCGCAACUAGUAUCGUCGACCUCGCGCCUCUCCGCACCAGCAUUGCCACAAUAACUGUCCUUGAUGUGGAGGGAUGCACACAGCUACAGAGUAUUUCUUGUCUUUCUACGGCAGUAUCAUUACGUGAGCUGUACUGCGGAGGCACGAAGGUGGGGGACGUCACUCCCCUGAUGCCCAUUGCCUCAACCAUCAAGGUGGUACAUUUGGAAAGGUGCUUUAGCGUUGACAGCAUCUUGGCGCUUUCUCGCGCUAGUGCUCUGAGGGAAAUCGACUUACGUCACACAAAAGUGCAGAGUAUUGAUGCGCUGCGAAACUGCACUACCUCUCUUGAGGUCGUUUUCUUAGGUCAGUGCAGGGCACUCAUUGACUUGUCGCCCAUUGCGGCCGCAUCACGCUUGCGCUGCGUUGAUGUACAGUCCACUGGCGUGCAGAGUCUUGAAUGCUUGCAGGCAAGCGCAUCUACUCUAGAAGCGGUGUGUGCAGACAACUGCCCGAUCUCCGAUAUUACCGCUUUUCGUGCAGCUUCGAAUCUCCGGGAGGUACGACUGGCCAGUACCACUGUCAACUCCAUUGAAGACCUUCGUGCGAGUGCGUCAUCCUUGCAGUGCCUCUUCCUCGGGGGCUGUUCGCGCAUUAGCGACAUCUCACUGCUCAUGCAUGCUACACAGCUUCGGGAGAUUUACCUAACAAAUACUGACAUCAGUAGUAUUGAGGCUCUGCAAGCUUCGGCUGCGACUCUCGAGGUUGUUGCCCUCGGCGGCUGUGGUCGCAUCUCCGACAUUGCGCCACUGCGCAUGGCCACAACACUGAGACUGGUGUACCUAUGGGGUACCAAUAUUGAUAGCAUUGAUCCGCUUCGUUUCAGCGUAUCAACUCUGGAGGUGCUGGACAUUGGAGGGUGCGGGCGGGUAUCGGAGAUUUCUGCUUUGCUGAACGCCACGAAGCUGCGGGAGGUGCGUUUCCACAACACGACAAUUCAGAGUAUUGAGGCUCUGCGGACAAGCGCCGGUCGCAUCCAGUCGGUCGGGCUGGCCGGCUGUACUCGCAUCUCUGAUAUCUCCCCUCUCUCUACUGCCACAAAGUUGAGGGAGUUGUAUCUCACGAACACAGCUGUCGACAAUGUUGCUCCACUACGAUGCAGUGCCGCAUCCCUCGAGGUGCUUGCGCUGGGUAACUGUGCGGAAGUGUCGGAUCUAUCACCGCUUGCCGCCGCAACCAAGUUGAGAGAGGUGUACCUAUGGGGUACAAAGAUAAACGACAUUGAGGCUCUUCAAUUUAGCAUGGCAUCGCUGGUUAUAUUCGAAGUGACGCGGUGCGCAGAAAUCUCGGGCAUCUCCCUCUUAUCCGGCGCCAUGAGGCUUCGCCGCAUCGACCUGGCCAACACGACAAUUAGCUCCAUUGAUGCUCUAAUGCCCAUCGCACCCUUUCUUGAAUUUAUCAAUAUUAGCUGUUGUACGAUGAUAAAAAAUCUUGCGCCGCUUGGUGCUGCCACAAGUGUCAAGACUAUAUGGAUGCGUAGUCUUCCUCUUGACUCCCUAGACGUCCUCCGCCCUGCCACAGGAUCCCUGGAAGAGGUGGACCUGAGCGGCUGCUUGAACCUCCGUGACAUCUCGGCUCUUCAGUCAGCCACGAAGCUAAGAGAAGUGUCUCUCCAGAACACCUGUGUUGACAGCUUGGAUGCUCUAAGAUGUAGUGCGUCGGCGUUGACAGUUGUGAACGCCAAUGGCUGCAUUAAUCUGACCAGUAUCGCGGCUCUCACAUCGGCGACACGCCUUAAGGAGGUGAGACUGAGAAACACACGUAUUAACAGCACUGAGCCGCUGCGGGCGAGUGCGGCAUGCAUAGAGGUGGUUGAUGUCAGCGGAUGUGUGAACCUUGAAAACAGUACUGCUCUCAUAAACAAAAGCAGACAUGUGGAAGUGCACUCAUGA